UAAUAAAAUCUGGUCUUCAAUUAUUACCUAUAAAUGUUAGUUGGGAAAUGGAACAUUUAUACCGAGUACCGACAUAAGGUGUGACUAGGCCGAGUAGUGUUGUUCAUUUUCAAUUCAUUGAGCUCCAAGAAUUUCUCAAGGAGCUUGAUAUUGAAAAGAAAAAAAAAGAAGAAGAAAUUCUGUUACAAACAUGGACCAGGAGGAUCAUAUGAAAGAACCAUUGUUGGAGAAGAAGCAAUAUUAUAAGGAUUGUCCUGGUUGUAAGGUGGAGCAAGAAAAAGAGCUUAAUCAAGGGGUAUCGAUUAUAAAGCUUGUCAUUAUUUGGAUGGUGGUGUUAUCUGCUACACUGCCUGCAGCAUCACUCUUUCCAUUCCUUUAUUUCAUGGUGAGGGAUUUCAAUGUUGCAAAAGAAGAAGCUGAUAUUAGUUAUUAUGCCGGUUAUGUGGGAUCUUCAUUCAUGCUUGGAAGAUCUUUAACAUCUGUAAUUUGGGGAAUGGUUUCUGAUCGAUAUGGUCGAAAACCUGUUAUAAUUAUUGGGAUCAUCGCAGUUGUCAUCUUCAACACACUAUUUGGCCUUAGUACGAGUUUUUGGAUGGCUAUUAUCACGAGAUUUCUUCUCGGAAGUUUAAACGGUGUACUUGGACCAGUGAAGGCAUAUGCUACCGAACUGUUUCGAGAAGAGCACCAAGCUAUAGGACUUUCUACUGUUAGUGCAGCUUGGGGCAUAGGUUUAAUUAUUGGACCAGCAAUAGGAGGCUAUUUGGCUCAGCCAGCAGAAAAGUACCCACAAAUAUUUGCAAAGGAUUCCUUUUGGGACAAGUUUCCAUACUUCUUGCCAUGCUUUAUAAUAUCAGGACUCGCACUGACAGUGGCAAUUGCCUGCAUAUGGAUUCCGGAAACACUUCACAAUCACAGCGGUAGUAAUGAGUCUACAGAUGAUGCUGAAGCUUUAGAAAAUGGAAGCAACAGAGUCGAAAAACAAAAGACAGUCCAAAAGAAUGAAAACCUCUUCAUGAAUUGGCCUUUGAUGUCAUCUAUCAUUGCUUAUAGUGUCUUCUCACUUCAUGAUGUUGCUUAUCAAGAGGUUUUCUCAUUAUGGGCUGUUAGUCCUCCAAGGCUAGGGGGUUUGAGCUUUACAACAGACGACGUUGGUAAUGUUCUUUCAAUUUCAGGACUUGCACUUGUGAUCUACCAACUUUUCAUAUACCCAUCUGUAGAAAAAGCUUGUGGACCCAUCGCCUUUGCCCGCAUCACAGGGAUAUUUUCGAUACCACUUUUGCAAAGUUACCCUUUCAUCGCAAUGUUGUCUGGUGUAAGCUUAUACAUAGUCAUUAGUAUUGCUUCCAUGCUGAAGAAUGUUAUGUCUGUGACGAUUACAACGGGUUUAUUCCUAAUACAAAACCGAGUAGUGGAACAACACCAAAGAGGAGCAGCUAAUGGAAUUUCUAUGACAGCUAUGUCUCUAUUCAAAGCUAUUGGCCCUGCUGCUGGUGGAACAAUAUUAACAUGGUCACAAAAGCGUAUGGAUGCUUCGAUCCUACCCGGCACUCAAAUGGUCUUUUUCUUCUUGAAUUUAGUUGAAGUACUUGGAAUACUUAUGUUGUUUAAACCAUUCCUUGGUCAGAAGAAAAAAACACACUCAGAUUUGUUACAUUGAUCAUAUCAAUCAACUUUGCUUGAGUCUUGUUUUAUCACAAUGUCCUAAUGGGGAUAGUAAUGGUAUUUAACUAGGUGCAUUAUUAGCAUUGUCAUUGUUAAAUUGAUAGUAACAAAAAGAAAAAGAAAAAAAAAAUGAGAAAACAACAUAGGAGAAAGAAUUAACAAACAACAGAAAACGAAGAAGAGUUGAAAAAGAAAUAGAGAAAGUUAGUGUUUGCUUCUCUUGUUGGAAUCAUGAUUCUUAAAUUGAAAGUGAUUUUACUAAAUUGUCAUUCUAGUUUUCUAUUUUGUGACCUUUAUAAAUAAGUUUUAGCUAAGUUUAUGGAAGUAUAUAAUUGAAACAUUUUAAUCAUGAAUGAAUAUUCAAUAUACUUUACUUUGGGA